CUCUCUCUCUCUCUCUCUCUCUCUCUCUCUCUCUCUCUCUCUCUCUCUCUCUCAGCGUCGACUUGGCGACGCGGCAAAGAAAGCCAUCAGUAAGCUGCAACUUCGUACCAUCAGGAAGGGCGACCAGGAGACGGAGUCUGACUUUGACAACUGUGCUGUCUGCAUCGAGGGCUACAAGGCCAACGAUGUGGUCCGCAUCCUGCCCUGCAGACAUUUGUUCCAUAAGAGCUGCGUGGAUCCGUGGCUGCUGGAUCAUCGCACGUGUCCCAUGUGCAAGAUGAACAUCCUCAAAGCCCUCGGCAUCGCCCUGAACGCAGACUGCCUGGACGACCUGCCGCUGGACUACGACCUGGUGGUGGGCGGGGUGGGCGUGGGAGGAGUCGGGGCGCUGGCCCUGGAGGCCGUGGUGUCCGGGGCGUCCAGCGACGGCAUGCUCAGCGACGGUGACUCCGCGGUGGUGCUGGACCCCGGGGUGCGGCGGAUGGGACUCCCUCAGGACUACCAGGACCCCGACACGCUGAGAGACAGCCCUCUGACGGCCACCACGGACACACACACGGGCGAGCUGCAGCCAAUGGCGAGCAGCGCCUCGGUGGCGUCCCUGGUCAUCACCGUGGAAACGGGUCUCUCAGACGAGGAGGGGUCCACAGAGCAGUCUCAUCUGGGGGACAAGUCCUGAGAGGAGGCACACCAGGACCAGAACCAAAACCAGGAACCCCCGGAGGCCAAAAACAGACUCAAAUCAGGUUCCGAUUUUUUUGAACUUCAGAGAAGCUGGAGCUGCGGAGGAGGACUGCCCGGACUGAAACCAGAUCCGAACUAAACCUGACUGCACUAAGACUGAGCGCAACCCCCGGGACCUGGUUCUGGUUUUAACUGGUUCCAAGUGGAAGCUUAAAACCCAGAACCAGCACCAUUGUUGGACUGCGUUUCUUUCCCCCCUCUUCGAACCUGUGUGAUGUAGAACUUAGCUAAACCAAAUCAACCGGUCUGUUGAACUGGACUCGAGCCAAGCUAGAAGCCCGGUCUAGACUUUAACGGGUUUUCACAUAGCGGCCACCAGUUAGAUAAACGUGUGUGUGUGUGUGUGUGUGUGUGUGUUUUGGUUUUGAUCUGGACUCAAAAGGACCUGGUUUGGCUUAGUUUUUAGUCUCCACCUUGGACGCUUCUUGCGAGGUUAAACCCAGGACAUAAACUGGGAAAUAGCUCCGUCUGCCGGUCUGUUGUCGCUUCACCUGCCCACAUUUCAUUUUGUUUUUAGAAACGGACUCCCCCUCCCCCGACGUCUCUCCUGGUCCGAACCCAUCGGCCAUUAAACCCCUCCCGGUGACAGAAAGGAGCUCAAAUAUAAAUCCAGACCUUCGUAUUUUUCAGAAUAUUGUAGAACUUGUCGCGACAUUUGCCUCCCGACGGAUGGGAUUUUAAACUGAGGAGGAACACGAGGACGACGCGUGAGAACAGGGUAUAAAACCUGAGAAAGUCAGCUGCCAAAAAAGAUGACUCGCUCUUCGAAAAAGGGUCAAUAUUAUUCUCCUCCGUCGGGAAACCUGGAGGAUCUUUUGAGAGAUGUGAGAACUUCACAAAGUUUUUUUUCUGUGAGCGAUCCAGGCCAGGGGAUUGCGUAUUUGUACCUUCGGUAAAGGAGCGCUCUUGACUUCGGCAGCGUUGUUGGAAUAUUCUGUUACCUGGUUUUCACCGGUCACAGGUUUCCAGGUCUGGGUUUCUUGGAUUUAAUCUCUGGUUACUUAAGCUCAUUUUAAUUUGGCUGUUUGUUGAUUCCUGUGACGUCUGCAGUGACUGACUUUUCAAUUUCUGGAAAGUAAGACUUUUACGUUUUUUGAAAAGGACACACCAGCUUCUCUGGGCAGUUUCUUUUUUAAGUUUGUGCUAAAAACAAACAAAUAUUGGACUCGUCGUGGCAGUAUUACAGUUACAGUUUGAUUGCAGUAUUUAAUAGACAACUACACACAGUAUUCUUUUAGUUUUUCUCUUUUUUUUUUUUUUGCCUGUCAGUAUAAUUCAAGGCUCAUUUUUAUCUUAACAGUACAUUAGUAAAGACAGUAUUUGGUUUGGGUGUUUUCUGUCCGCGGCUGUGUUUCCACAGUCCUUUUUGGUGUUUUAAGCCCCCAACGUCGCCUUCCAGGCAGCGCUGCCUGGAAGGCACUAGGAUUAGGCAAUGGUUAGGGUUAGGUGCCUUGAAGUCAACGGUCGCAGCGCUGCCUUGAAGUCAACGUUGGGGGCUUAAAACACCAUCGAGCGUUUCCACACAGGGUUCCUAUGUGUGUCUGGGGAAAACCAAGACACGGGUUUGCGGGGUUGUACAGAAUAAUAUAAGGUAUAAAAAUAAAUAAAAAAGUUGAUAAAAUGUAGAAUUUCAAUACAACAAAUAUUAGUGGCUGUACAGCAUAGAUGGAAAUAAGUAAAAGGUAUGAAAGUAGUGACCGAUCUUGCAGCGUGGCUCUUAACGUAACGUACGGAUCGUUCGGUGAGAAAUGCUGCCAUCAUUUCUCCUAAAUAGUUUCUCUGUAAACACCGUUU